UUCGCAUCUACCUGCACUCUGCAGCAAAGCAAAGUUGAGCAGAGCGAGCAGAGUACACAGUACAGCAGAACAGAACGAAGCAUUCAAGAAAAAAUAGUUUUAAAAAGCUCGUGCACGCCAUUUCCCCUCUAAAUUUCUUUUUACAGGUAUUCUUUAUUUUCGUGAGCAUUUGCGCUGAGAAAAUGCUUAUAGAAUAAAUUUUACUUGUGAAAAAAGCGUCAGGAUAGAGUCGUGUGCUAGGUUAUAAUACCGAUUCAUUUCAUUCAUUUUUCUCUUCAAAAAAAAAAAUUAAUUUUCCAAUUUUUGGAUUACUUUUGGAAUUAUGGAAACGAAUAAUAAAGUUGUAGAAGAGGAAGGAAUACGAGGGGUUAAUGAUGGUGAUUGGAUUUGUAUCGAUGCACAGUGUGCUAAUGUCAAUUUUGCAAGGAGAAGUUCUUGUAACAGAUGCGGUAAAGAUAGAGGUGAAUGUGCAAAGAAAAAAAAGUUAGGUCAAGAAAUUGGUAAAGCAGCCGCUGAAAAGAGUAGAGGUUUAUUUAGCGCGGACGACUGGCAGUGUAGUAAAUGUGGAAAUGUAAAUUGGGCACGAAGGCAACAAUGUAAUAUGUGUAAUGCUCCGAAAUUUGGGGAGGUGGAGGAAAGAACUGGAUACGGUGGUGGUUAUAAUGAUCGAGGUGUCGUUGAAUAUAAAGAGCGAAGGGAAGACGACGACGAUGAAUAUGACGAGUUUGGUCGACGAAGGAAGAAGAGAAAAGUCGAGAAUCGUUCUGAUGAUGAUUCAAAAGAUUCACGAUAUAAUAGCCCACCUCGUGAGAAAUCGAGAAAGGAAGAAGAGCCCGAGGACACAAAACGAGAACAGGAAGAAGAAGAAGAGGAAGAGAAAGAAGAGGACGAAGACCGAAAUGAAGAGGAGGAGGAAGACGAAGACGAAGACGACGAUGGUGAUUUAUCAAAAUACGAUCUCAGCGAAUGGGACGACUUAGCACCGGCAAAAAAAAGUUUAAACGGCUCUACCGCAUCCACGGAUGGAAAACGUACAAGAAACGGAGAUGAUUGAUGCGAUUGUGACGAUUCAACAAAUUGAAUUCAAAGCUACAGUACAGAUGAGCCAAAAAAAAGACACACACACACACACAGAGACAGAGAUGCAUAGAAAGCAAUCUGAACGGCACUGCUGCUACCGCUAAUAUUUAGCCAGCAUGUUUCGAUUUUUCCAUUCUAUGACCUUAAUAAACUUGCGAGAAAAUCUAGCUAUAUUUAGCCUUUACAUUUGUUCGAGGAAAACAAAGUAUACAAUAGGACUUGUAAAUGUCGAGAACAGAAGAAAAAUGUCUUUUCUUCCAAAUGAUAAUUCUCUCAGAAAAAAAAAAUUCUUUUCAUUGUCGUCCUAAUCUCUUUAUAAUCAUAAUUAGUUGAAAAUGUGAUGAACUAUACUUUGAUUUUUUCACGACUAUCGCGCAUAUACCAUAGAAAAAAAACGGCCAAUACAAUUUUAGUCGCUAAUAGAAUUUUUUUAAUACUAAACUUUUGUUUAGUAGUGAAAUAUUUUUUUGUGAAACAUUUUUGAAAAGUUUGAGAAUUUCACUGUAAUUUCGAUUUUUACUAUUAAAUACAACAAUUCUCGACUGUUAAAAUCCUUUUUGGUAAAUUCACAUUUUUUUUAUAAGUAUUUCAUUUUUUCUUUUGCUAAAACGCGAACAAUAAAUUUUGAUAAAGAAAAAAUAAAAUUGUAUAUGAAAAGAUUAUACUUUUUAGUAGUAAUUUACUUACCGUGAUUUUUUCGAAACAAUUUUUUUUUAAACAUUUCCGCCUACAUUGUAAUGUUUAAAAAAACGAGUGUAAAUAUUAAUCGAAAGAUUUGAAAAAAAUAAAUUAAUUUCAAAAUUAUUAUAAUUAUUAAUUAUUAAAGGAAAAGAAGUUGAAAUUAAUUAGGUUGUGAAUAGUUUCGAAUAUAGACAAAAGAUAUUCUGGAUUUAAAUAUUAUUCUUUAUUUUUAUAAACAAAAAGUUUUCUUUGUUUAAUUUAUAAUUAAUUUCUUUUUAUACAUCCCAAUUUUUUGUUUUUGCCUCUAAAGGAAAGUCAGGUUUUGUUCAUAACGCUGUAUUAAAAUUAUUCACUUUCUUUCUUUUUAAAUAUAUAUAAAAACUUUAUACAUAAAUGAAGAUAUUAAUUAAUUCCAGAACAUCCUAGUUUUUUUGUCUAAAAAAAAAAAUUUUACGUAGAACACAAUAUCCACAAUAUUUAGAGAGAAAGAUAGAGAAAGAGAAAGAGAAGUUUGGUAGAAAUUGUGAAAUUAAUUUAAAAAAAAAACCAAUUUUGUUGUACCCUCUUGUCGAUUGGUUUUUUCACACGAAAAUUCUUGUAAAUAUCUUUAUUUUAUUUUUCAUUUAUAAUAAAAAUCAUUCGUCAACAA